AUGGGUAGCAUUGGGCCUGUCACGCGAAUCAGUGCACCAGAUCAGACGGAAAUGCGACAGUGUGGUGCUUCGGACACAGGCUCAUCCAUUACAUGUGCCGAUCCUUUCGAUUUUCCGCGAGAAGAAUGCGUAAAAGAUGUCGACGACGUUGACGAGGACGAAACGGUUUUUUCGGCAUUUCGGCCCGCUAUAAAAACAUUUAUUGUUGUCGCGGCUUCUACGACUGCAUUCAUGAGUCCAUUUGCGAUUAAUAUCUACAUGCCUGCAGUGCCUAGCAUAUCCAAGGACCUAGGUAUUGACAAUGGCGAGACGUUGGUCUCUGUCACAACAUAUAUGAUUUUCCAAGGAUUAUCGCCUUCUUUUUGGGCGCCACUCUCAGACACGUACGGGCGGCGACCGAUACUAAUUCUUACGUUUCAUGUAUUUUUAGCAGCAAACUUGGGCCUCUCUUUCACGAAUACGUACUGGCUUCUGCUUGUCCUUCGUAUGCUUCAAGCUUGCGGUGCGAGUAGUGCUAUUUCCAUUGGUGCAGGAUGCAUUAGCGACGUUUCUCAGCGAAAAAAGCGCGGGUCGUACAUGGGGUACUUCCAAACAGGAACACUAAUUGGGCCCGCCGUGGGGCCUAUUGUCGGCGGCCUUCUCUCCAAGCGCUGGGGGUGGCACGCAGUCUUCUUUUUUCUCUCUGCAUUUGGCGGUGUUUACCUUGUAUUUAUGAUUCUCUUUCUUCCGGAAUCGCUCCGUGCUCUUGUGGGGAAUGGGUCUUGUAAACGGGUUUCUAUUUGGCGAACGGUGGUUCCUUUGCCGCUUUGGCGUGCAGGCACCGAGCCAGAGCUUAUGAAGAUGCCUCCGCGGCUCAAUUUGCGCUCCAUGGGCUUUGAUAAGCCCUGGCGUAUGUAUGCUCACGCAGACAUUGCUUUGAUGAUUACUUCGUUUGCAUUUCCAUUCGCCGUGUUCACCAUGGUAUCGAGCUCGUUAUCGCCGACACUCACGGGAAAGUAUGGCUAUAAUCCGAUUGAAUCUGGUUUAUGCUAUAUUUCUAUUGGCGUCGGCAGCGUGGUGGGCGCUGUGAUUUCGGGCAAGUUGCUCGACCGGAACUACAAAUACGCUUUUCGUAAGCAUGGUCCUCUGUUGGAUUUGCACAAGACAAGGUUGAAGCAUAUACACAUAUACAGUGCUGUAUUACAUGCGACUGUGAUUAUCAAUGGUUGGCUGCUAGACAAGAGAAUCCAUAUUGCGGCACCAAUGGUGUUUCAAUUUAUUCUGAGUUGCUUCUCCAUCCUUUAUUUCAAUGCAGUGCAGACAAUUCUGGUAGACUUGGUCCCAGGCCGUGCAGCAUCUGUGACUGCGGCACUCAAUAUUGGACGAUGUUUGCUUGGUGCUGCUUUCGUUGCAGCUGUACAAUAUGUGAUUGACGCCUGGGGCGAAGGAUGGACUUUUACGCUGUUUGGCAUUGUAAGCUUUAUUUUACCUAUACCCAUGAUUGAGCUGGUGAUGCGCUUUGGCGCAAAAUGGCGGCGCAAAAUUGAAGAGAAGGAGACGAGACGAGACGAGACAAAAGGGCGCAAUUCGCUUGAGUAG